AUGCCGAAAAGACUUCCUGGUAAACAUUUUGAUAUUGAAGACCCGCAAGCGGUGCCGGAGCUGUCUAAAGAUAAAAUCUUUUGUGCUGUGAGGCGUGUUAAAUGCAACAGCAACAGCAGCAGCAGCAGCAGCAGCAGCGGUUUUGGGGGUGGGGGUUUCGGGGCUGUUCCUGCUGCUGCUGGUGCAGCAGGAGCAGCAGCAACAGCAGCAGCAAAUAAGAUAUCUGGGCGUGCAAAGGUUUUAGGUUUACCUCCUUCGUUUGAAGAUGUGGCAGCAAAGAGCUGCGUACAUGUAUACGAGACAGAGAAGGCUUUGCUGCUGAACUUGCUGCAGCGGGUGCAUGCUGCUGACCCUGAUAUUAUAUCGGGACACAACAUAUUUGGAGACAGCUUAGAGCUGCUAGCGCGUCGAUGCAGCGCUCUGUCUCUUCCCUUGUGGCAUAAGGUUUCACGCUUAAAGAGGCCUCGUAAUCAGAAGCCCCCCUGCAGCAGCAGCAGCAGCAGCAGGCAGCAGCAGCAGCAGCAGCAACAUACUCAUCUACGUGCAGGAAGGAUAUUUACUGUAGGCCGUCUUGUUUGUGAUACAUACUUACAAGCUCGCGAGUUGCUGGGGCAUAAGACAAAUUAUGAAUUGCUCCCUCUCCUUAGAGAGGCAUUCUACAACAACAACAGCAGCAGCAGCAGCAGCAGCAGCAGCAGCAGCAGCAAGAUGUCUGCUUAUCAGCGGCAAGUUGUUGCGAAGCUGCAGCGCAUGCAGCCGUUUCCUUAUGAUGAUUUUCUGUCAUUCUUCUGGGUGCAGAGCCCGUCUUUGCUGCUGCAUGCAGCAAAUCUUUGUUUACUUGAAGCCUAUAUGUCUUUGGUGCUGCAGCAGCAGCUCAACUGUCUCAGCAUCACUCGGCAGCUGUCUCUAAUUGCGGGAAACCUUUGGGCUCGCUCGUUGCAGAACGCAAGAGCUGAAAGAAAUGCCUUUCUUUUGAUGCAUGCAUUUUAUGGAGACAAAUAUAUUUAUCCCGACCCAGUAGAUACAAGAAAAAAGUUUAAGGGGGGCUCAACAUCCGUUGCUGAUGCUGAUGCUGCUGCUGCUGCUGCUGCUGCUGGCGAUAUGAGUGAUGGUGAGGGAGACCCAGCAACAGCAGCAGCAGCAGCAGCAGCAGCAGGAGAGGAGCGCAGCAGCAGCAAAGGGCCUUCAUACACUGGAGGCCUUGUCUUAGAACCCCGUGCAGGUCUCUAUGAUUCUUUUGUGUUAUUGUUAGAUUUUAAUUCGCUUUACCCGUCUAUUAUUCAAGAGUUUAAUAUAUGUUUCUCAACUGUACAGCUGCCUCAACUGCAUGCAGACAGCAGCAGCAGCAGCAGCAGCAGCAGCAAGGUAGAAGACGAAGACGAUUUGUGUAUAUAUGCUAUAGAUUCAUCGCCUGGUGUUUUACCUCGUGUAUUGAAGCAAUUAGUAAGUAAACGAAGACAAGUAAAGGCAGCAGCAGAGAAGGAGAGCAGUGCAGCAAGACGUGCAGCCCUUCAUGUGCAGCAGCUAGCGCUUAAGCUAACAGCAAAUAGCCUCUACGGCUGCUUAGGCUUCAGCGGAAGCAGAUUCUAUGCAAAAGCAAUUGCUGCUUUUAUUACUCAACAAGGCCGCAAGGUGCUGCUGACUGCUAAAGAAAGAGUGGAAAAACAAACAGGCUUGACUGUGCUGUACGGAGACACUGACUCUCUUAUG